AUGGCGCUGGUGAUGGAGCUGUUCUUUUUCAUGUCCCUAUUCCUGCCCCGCGCGCCCGUCGCCCUGCGGGACGCUGUCGUCAAUGUCGGCGUGGGCUGCGUCGGCGUACCACUGUGGUGGAUCAUCAUCCUGGCGGCAUGCGUUGGUGGCCACACCUGGAUGUGCGUCGUCCUGGCUUUCGUCUUCGCUGAGAUCAUCGAUCGGCUUAUUUAG